CAUAGAUAUAGUAGGUCGAGGUCAACGGUGUUACAUUUUGGUGAGAAGUCUAAGAAAGUCGUGACUGUCUUGAAUAUGGUCGUGAACAUGUCAAGGAGGCUGGCGUGAUUGAAUAUUUCUAUUGAAGAUUCAUGCAUUCGUUUCUUUUCUUGCUAACGGUGCUAAUUUGUCUACCUGCAUCGACUACCGCAGUGCUAGUGGCAUGUAGUGGUUCAAACAGCACUUGUCAGGAAGCUUGUUUGAAACAUGGAUGUACAAAGUGGGAUUGUAAUGGGUCCUUAUUAAAUUUCUGUGAACAAUCAUGUUUCCAGAAACAAUGUUCACAUUUAACAUGUGACAAAACGACGCACAGAUGCAAUCAGGAAUGUGGUGGAUGUAAAACUAUGAAUUGUUAUUCAUCGGAGUGCAACCAAAAAUGUUUAACUGGAUAUUGUAAUCAUAUUACAUGUGAUGCUGCAAUAAAUUGUCAACAAUUGUGUGUGUUCUGCCGUAACCAGCGUUGCUAUAACAUUAAAGAAUGCAUUCAAACCUGCGUGGAGUCAGAUUGCUCAUUGAAAUGCCUAAAGUCCGAUGUAUGUCUGCAAAACUGUCACGGAAAUGGCUGUUCAGCAAAUUGCCAUAGUAAUGAAAGCUGUCUUCAGACCUGCCAUGACAAAGCAAACUGCACAAAACUCAUAUGUGAAUCAGAAUCUUGUCAACAAAAUUGUAAGAAUAGUUCUUAUUGUGGUUUACUAUCUUGCCAUGGCAAAAAUUGCAGGCAGGAGACAUUCGUGGAAAAAUCCGAACUGGUAUGUACAUCUUCUCGCUGCGAGGAGCAGAUUUCUCAUGCUUCAAACACAAUAUUAUAUUGUAAUAGCGUCGACGGUUCAUGUAUACAAAAAUGUUAUGGCAGUGGAUGUGUAAUGACAUGUGGACAGGACGUGAAAAAAUGUCAACAAUACUGUGGUGGUGGCAACUGUAACAUGACCUGUGCAUCUGGUGUUGGUACUUGUAGCAUUGAGUGCCCUGGAGGUAACUGUACCCAAUAUACGUCUAGUACCGCGUCGGUGUUGUUGAAAUGCACAAUCAUAACGAUGUUAACAUUCUUCGUUGAACGAAUAUGGAGACUGAAACUGAAAACUUAUAUGACUAUAAUGACAGCAAAAAAAAUGGCUGACAGCCUGCUAAAUAAUUUGCAUCAUAUGGUACUCUGGAGUACAUUCACGUGCUCUUAUCUUUAUUUCUUUCCAAACUGA